UUGGGGGGGAGGGGGGGGCCCGACGGUGUCUCUGUCUGCGGCGGCGGCUGCUCAGUCCUCGGAGCGGUGUCCCGGUUCGGCCCAGCCCCCAUGCAAAACUUAACGGCCCCGGGCGGCCCCAGCAACUCUAAUGUCACCUGCUCCUGCAACUGUUCCGCUUCCCCGCCACAGGGAAUGGAGAUAUCUGAACUGGAGUUUGUUCAGAUCAUCAUCAUCAUCGUGGUGAUGACAGUGAUGGUGGUGGUAAUCAUAUGCCUGCUUAAUCACUACAAGCUCUCCACUUGGUCCUUCAUAACACGGCAAAGCCAGGCGCGCAGGCACAACCACGCCCUCCAACAGGAUGGGUGUCUGUGGCCCUCGGACAGUGGCUCUCGACAAGAUGCCUCUGAGGUAUUAUAUGCUCCCCAGGCUAGGGAUCGCUUCACCGCUCCCUCUUUCAUGCAGCAGGAUCGCUUCAGCCGCUUCCAGCCCACCUACCCCUACAUGCAGCACCAGAUCGACCUGCCACCCACCAUAUCGUUGUCAGACGGGGAGGAGCCCCCACCCUACCAGGGGCCCUGCACCCUGCAACUGCGCGAUCCCGAACAGCAGAUGGAGCUCAACCGCGAGUCGGUGCGGGCGCCGCCCAACCGGACCAUCUACGACAGCGACCUGAUCGACAUGGGCGGAAGCGGCGCCCUGGUAGGUGUGGUCGGAGGAGGGGGGAGCGUCGGGGGGGGAGGCCCGAGGCCACCCAGCAGUAACUCGGGCAUCAGCGUGGCCAACUCCAGCAGCCACGGACGCAUGGAGGGCCCUCCCCCGGCGUACAGCGAGGUGAUGGGCCACUAUCCGGGCUCAGCGUUCUUUCUACACCAGCACAGCAAUAACCAGAGAGUCGGGAGGCCGGGAGGCAGGACGAUCCAGCAGCAGAGCCCCUCAGAAAGCACAAUAGUACCCGCCAAGAACGGCCAACCAGAGGACCUGGUCUGAGGAAAAAAAGUGUGAGCGGGCAGGCGGGGCGACCCGUAACGGACUGAAAACUGUGUCUCUUGUUCAGCCCUCACCCGUAAGCAUCGGUCCGUGUGUUGAUCUGUCGCUCUCCGUCUCUUUCAUGUGUUCUCUCCACACUCCCACGCACAAAAAGAUUCAAUCGAGCAACACGAAACAACGGAAGGGAAAAACCAGGAUUUGAUUUCAUGUCGUUUUUGUUUUUUACGGUCAUUCAAACAGCUUGCACAGCUGGAGCAGGAUGUAUGCACUGGUGGAGAUCUUUUUACACGCCAUCAUUUUUGAAAAAGAAACACCAUGCCAGCACAGACUGAAACAAGUUUUUUUUUUUCUUUCUUUUUUUGCCAGUUUGGGUGAUACCUCUGUCCAAGAAAACUGAGCAGUAUGUUUUUCUGGGUUUAGUUUUUUUUGUUCUUUUCCUUUAUCCAUUUUGUUUGGUUUUCUUAGACCGGGAUCUGUGCACAAAGCGAGAACUGAGGGAUCUAGGACUUACAGAGAACACAUAAACAAGAGAUUUGCAAACCCAAAUCUUAGUGCCAAGGUUCACAAGGAAGCCAAGCAACGGGGGGAAAUGAUACAUUCUAACAUUUACAACACAGAAAAUAAGAAUUAUCUAAAAGUUGCACUUUUUUUGUAGAAGAGAGAGUGAAAAUAUGUCAUGUAAUGAUGUUUGUUUGUAUUCUCUCUUUUUUUAAUGUAUUUUGCUUUUUUUGGAGGGUGAGGUGUUAAUGGAUCGAAUGACUGAACUGGCUCCAAAGUUCUUAAACAAUCGGGGGCAAAACAGAAAAACUAAACGGAAAAACUAAAAAGGCUGAGCUUUAUGUCCUUACUUGUUUUUGUUGUGUUUUUUUUAAGUAUAAGAUAUACCUGUACCCGGCUUACAACACCUCUGUUUGCUUACAGCAUAGGUGAACUGAAACCUUAUGAGUGAAUGACCUUUUUUACUGCUUCAUAUUCAUGUUCCUGUCAGCCUUAUUGGAGAGGAAAUCUGCCUUGGGACACAGUUGGACGGACGAGAUAUGUUUAAUUUCCUCUGGCAAUUCACAUUUUCCUAAUUUUUUGCAAGCCAGAGUAUUACUUCUGCUUAGCAAUAUCCAGUAUAAUCAAAUAAAUGUAUAUCUGGCCAGCUAUUGUAAUCAUAUCCUCCGUAUCCAACAGAAAAGCUCCAUAUCCAAGAAAACAUGCAAUUGUCCAUUUAGCAGUUUUAAGUCAGUUAAAGCCAAAUUUCCUCCUCCCAAAUAUAUCCAAACCAUUCAGCACCUAACACUUCCUCUUCCUGCAUCCCUCCCCUUUCGAUUCACCUGUACCGCACAUCUCGACCCACACAGGGUAUUCUUCCAAAACCCUUCAGAAGCUCGAGUCUGUGCUGUCAUGACAACAACACAAAAGAAGGCUCGGCUCUCUCUUCGUGUCAAUUAAGCCACAAAAAAAUGAUAAUCCUCAAUCAAGUGUGCGACAGAAACUGACUAGUUAAAGCCAAAGGGCUAUCGGCGGGUCCUGUUUUUUUCUAAACAACGAAAAUCUUUUUUGAAAAUCUAGCCUGUUUAUGCUCAUUGUUGCCUUUUCCUCUGCCGUUGUGAUUUCUUUCUUUCUUUCUUUCCCCCAUCCCCGUAGCAUCCAAUCCCUUCAUCCCCUUCUCUCAUCUUUACUUUUUAACACUCUCUCUAUUAAACCCGUUUCAUCACCCCUCCCUUUAUCCAUGUGCAGAAAAUGUGUGGUCAGGUAAUGCACCACCAAGCCCUUUAAUAUGGAGACUGGACUAUUACCCAUGUUUAGCAGCAUACUAACAAAGUCCUCUGUUCACAGUUAGAAGAAUAAGUAUGUUUGUGUGUGGGUGUGUGUGUGUGUGUGUGUGUUUG